AUGGCGUCAUUGGAUUCUGCCGCGUCAUCAGAGGGCCGGCCGGCGCUGCGUCUGGUUCUGCUGGGGCGGACGGGCUCGGGCCGCAGCGCCAGCGCCAACACCAUCCUGGGGCGCUCCGCCUUCCCUUCCUCCGCCUCCCCCCGCUCCCUCACCCACCACUGCCAGACGCACAGCGGCACCGCGAUGGGUCGGAACCUGGACGUGACCGACACGCCGGGGCUCUUCCACACGGGCCUCUCCCCGCAGGAGGUGACAGAGGAGCUGCUCCGCGGCCUCCUGGUGCUGGCCGCCCCGGGACCCCACGCCCUCCUGGUGACCCUGCGGCCGGGCCCCUACACCCAGGAGGAGCGGCGGGCCCUGGGGUGGCUGAGGGCCGUGCUGGGGCCCCGGGCGCCCGAGUUCACCCUGCUCCUCCUCACCUGGGGGGAGGAGGGGCUGCAGGGCCGCGGGCCCGGGGACUUCCUGGAGGAGAGCGAGGAGCUGAGGGAGUUUGCGCGGAGCUGCCGCGGCGGAUGGCACCUGCUGGAGAACAGGGGAGGAGAGGCCGGCCGGCGGGAGCAGGGGGGGCAGGUGCAGACGCUCCUGGAGAAGGUGGAGAGGAUGGUGGAGGAGAACGGGGGGGGUUUCUAUAGCAACGAGAUGCUCCGUGACGCAGGGGGCUCCGUCCGGGAGGUGCAGGAGGAGAGGAUUCCGGGAGGUGAAAAAAGCUGGGAGGACCUAGGAGAGGAGGAGGCGAGGAGAGGGGGACGAGGAGAGGAGGAGGCGAGGCGAGGAGGGAGAGAGGAAAGGAGGGGAGAGGAGAGGAGAUGGAGUAGCGUGGAUGAUAGAGGGAGAAGAGAGGAGGAGGAGAGGAAGAGGGAGGAGGAGGCAGCCAGGCGGAAAGAGGAGAGGGAGUUCUGGUCCGAGCUAUUGACGGCGGUGGGGAGGGGGGCAGCGGAAGGGGCGGGGUUAUUAGAGAAGGGGGAGGGGCAAGCGGGGAAGAUGCCUGGGAUAGGAAAGGCCCUGAAGAAGGUCAGUACCAUGGCAACCUCACCGCUGUCAGUCACCUCGGCGGCCAGAGCGGUGGGUGGGGCCGUGAGAGAGGGGGGGAGGGUCUUAUUCAAACACCGCAAGGCACUCCGGCCCUGA